AUGAAAAAUGUAUUUUCAAAAGAAUGUCGGUGGAAGGAAAAGACAACUUUUCUUCAAGAACAUUUUAAUGCUUGUCUGACUUUUCCCUCAAUUCACAGAAGUUCACAACAAAAAUUUAGCUUUAAGAGCUUCCUUGAAGGAAAGAAAGCGAGCUGGUUAGUUAUCUCAGACAAGCUUCGCUAUUAUUUUCUUUCAAGCUUGCUGAAAUCAUGGAAGCAAGGUAAAAAGAAAAACAUAAAUACAAUGUUUCGAUGUCAGUUGGAUGAGCAAGAUGAAACUAUUUCAUUCCGUUCCAGCUAUCCGAGUAAUGCCACGGGCAUUUCAUUUACGAAUUAA